AAUAACUUCCAUUCUGGUCGAUCGUUUGAUGGGACUUGAGAUCCAAUACACUCACCAACUGACAAUUUGAAAUGCCAACUGUAGCAGCUUAAAUUCUUAUAAGACCCAUCGGCUUGAUCUUAUACACAAGUCGAAGUCGUACAAAGAUCUUGGAUAACGAAUGUUUCGAGAUUCAAUAUGAUGAUAUUUACCAGCAAGGCAUUUAUAAAACCCCUCGCAAGUUUCCUAUUGCCCUUUGUUCAUGUUACCUGUGCGUAUCAGAACUUAGUUUGGUUACGUAUCACGAACUGCAGGACCAGGGAGUUCCUUGAAGACAUCCGCAUUUUCUAGUCGAGUCUAGUGAGCGAUGAUCAUCUUUGGCCGUAGAAGCUUCCGCCAUAGCUCUGCCGGAUCAUUGUGAGGAUGGAUGGAUGCAUGGAUGCAUGAACAUGGUUGGGUGCUGGAAUGGAUUAUCUGAUAUUGGUGUAAAUCAAUUCCUAAAUAGUACUCACAGCUGCAUGAGAGAUCGAAUGCCGAAGUAUAGGAUUGCAUCUAUUUAGUGGUAGUUUCUUCCACCUUCUCAGGUCGGGUUACUUCUCUAUCAGUAAGUUUUACGCUGAAGAUUGAGCUCCCGUCCCCGACUCAUCCAUCGCGGGGCACUCCACCAUCGCCCGCUCGCCCACCUUUACUUUAGGCGGCCUAUGUCAUCAUGCAAAACGUUCCCCCGCCCACUCAUGGCUUUGGAUUGUAACCUCGUGCCCCUCGCAGACAAGUCUCAUCUCCAGACCAACCUCCACAGCAAGAGGCAGAAAAAACCAUUCCACUUCAUCUAUCGAUCGCCUCGUCCUUGGCAAAUAAAUGUCUUCUGAUCUUUUGUAUCCUGAUUCUUAGUUUGUGACUCUAACUCUAACCACUUUCCAAUAUUGGACUUGAAUAUCGGGAUCCAUUCAACUCGAACCAUUCUCUUAUCCUACCUGCGCCCCGCGUCCACUCCCACGUCUUGUCUCGUCUCGCCUUCGCCCAUCUCUGUGCACACUACCAUUUCAUCUUUGCAAUUGUCGCGACAAAACAUUCGCCAUUAUCUUCUCAUCUGUCUCUCGAUUGCAAUACAUACAGCGCUCUUUUGUUCGCCCAGGUCGUGUUGAACCAUCACCUGUUGCCAAACCUAUCUAUCAAAUCUCAACAUCAGUCAAUUCAUCACCUGGUUAAAUCGAAACGAUUCCACCAUGGACCCCUCACCGAGCUCAACCUCCCGCGAGCUCAAGGACACUCGCGCAACCAGCUCGACCAGCCUCAACAGUGCUGCUUCGGGCUCUUCGUCUACUCAUAAGCCACCUACUCUUUCUCAGCGAUCUCCUUCUGUAUCUAUAUCCGCUGGUUCUGGCCCAAGCUCCAUAUCCGCCCACCGCGCAAGCUUCGCUGAGGGCUUGCGCAAUGCGCCCUCAUCCCCACGCUCUCAACGGCACCCUUCUUUUACACAGGCCGCUCUCCAGGAGUUGUUGAACCAUCCUCCUGCAGGAAACAAGCAUGCCAACCCCAGAUUUGCCGGCCGUGAUUGGCGCGAUGUAGCUAUUGGAGAGCUUGUAUCUCCCGAUGAUGUCAAAUGGGUUGAGUUCGAUAGCAGCGUCGAGGAGGCUACCAAGCUCCUCCUCAAGAGCCCUACCAACGUUGUUCUGGUCCGCGAGGAUCCCUCCACUCAUAUCGCCGUUUCCACAUUCGAUUAUACCGAUUUGAACGCAUACCUACUCGUUGUCGUUGGUCUCGCCAAACCCGAAGAAGAUCAGGUUGAGCUAUUCAAUUCGAUUCUGGCCAAGGCUCAGGAGGGUGGCCAGAUUCCUCUGCGAGACGUCUUCCCUCUUUUCCGCAAGGAAACACUCAUCACGUUGCCUGGUGACGAAAAGCUCGCACAGGCUAUUCAAAUUCUCGGCAGUGGCAUCCAUCGUCUGCUGGUGACAACUACUAGCGGCGAGGUGGUUGGUAUCGCAAGCCAACUUCGAAUUGUCGAGUUUUUCUGGAACGAGGGUGUCAACUUUCCUUCUAUCGAUCGACUUUACCCUGCUUUGCUGCGUGAUCUGGGUGUUGGGGCCAAGGAGAUUGUUUCUGUCAACUCCGAUUCGCCCUUAUCUGAAGCACUGACGCUUAUGAACAAUGAAGGCCUUACAAGCGUUGCUGUUGUUGAUAACGGUAUGAAUGUGGUGGGCAAUAUCUCGACCAAGGACGUCCGCCACUUAACCAAGAGUUCCAACGCCCAUUUACUCAAUUCGUCAUGCAUGAACUUCAUUUCUGUAAUUCUCAACGAGCGAGGAGUUGAACACGGACGCGACGUCUUCCCCGUAUUCUACGUGAACCCCUACUCGACUCUGGCCCAUACCGUCGCCAAGCUCGUUGCUACUCGAUCGCAUCGAAUGUGGGUGGUUGAAUCGGCGUCACCAUCCCCUUCAGCUCCUGCAACACCUUUAAUGGGACCCCAAUCUUUCACGACCGCCGGUCCUCCACCUUCUGCUGCACCCCCAUCACCUGUCCCUACUGCAGCAGUACCUGCUUCUCCAGUCCCUACAGCUGCUGUGCCCGCAUCCGCCAUGGCCGGGGCUCGUCUUUCAGGAAGACUUACUGGUGUUAUCUCGUUAACUGAUGUCCUCAACAUGUUUGCGAAAUCGACUGGUUUGCACCCUUCCGACCCCAACGAACAGCGAGCGAGACGAAGACGAAGCUCAAGCAGCUCGGUGCGACCAAGCCUGGACUCAUCUCGAGCUAGUAUCGAUUUCCGAAGGUGAUGGCAAUGGAGCUUAGCUAUGGAUAUCAUUAUGCAAGUCUUGCCAGGGAAGAUGCCAAGUAUGGUUGUCAUUUCCUUUCAAAGCACUGUCUGCUCAUAAUUCCGAAAGAGAAAAAAGAAACAGGCUAUAUCAAAGGUACAAUAAGUUAGUUCAAUGGAACAGGGGCAGCUUCGGAUUAUUUGAAUUUGCGAAUCAGGCAGUAUUCGCAAACUUCUUGUUGAUGCAUAUGUAUUCCAAUUGUUGAGCAUAAGCAGGAUUCAAGAUUUCCAUUCUCACUUUAUCUAGGGCCUGGUUAUUCAGAGGGAUGGAUGCAUCUGGCACAUAUGAACUUAGGAUGGACACAAUGUGAGGAGCAGAGAUAGAAAUUUGGCAAAUCUUUGCUCUAUCGCAAGUCGCUAAAUGCUGUGAAGUGAUGAUGGUAAACACAAUAUCUCCGGUUUCGCUUC